UGGCUGGUUCAACAUUCCUACUUCCAAGUCCAUUGGUAUCCCGAAUCACACAUGCCAGAAUAAGUAGCCUAUGAGACGCUGGAUUUGCCAACACUUACAGCGUUUUAACAAUAUGAAUGAACACAGCCAUGCAUUGCAAGGUCAAGAUGUUUGGAUCUAUGUCAGCUCUAUCUCUACAGGUCUGGGUGACACUGAUGUUGCUUUGUCUACUGCAAGGUAAGGUAAUUGCACCAUCACAUUUGCAGGUGAUGGUUGGGCUCCCCUUCACGCUGGCCUGUAAUAUUACCGUGAACACAGGGGAGGUUCUAAAACAGGUGCUGUGGGUCGACAUGGCAAAUAAAACUAUACUGUACUAUCAACCUGAUAAACAUGACCACAUCACCAAUGAGAAUGGAGUUGAGCUCACAGCACGCUCUGCAAGUCAACAUGCUCACAACAGUGCCAUCACCAUCAGCAGAGCUGGGUCAGACAAUGAGGGCUGCUACCAUUGUUUUUUUGAUGUGUAUCCAACCGGGCAGCAGAUAGGAAGGACAUGUCUCUCACUUACGGCAAUGGUGGAGCUAAUGGGCAAUAAAACUGUUGUGAGUGGAAAGCCUGUUACCCUUUCAUGCAAAUAUCCUCUAAAUAAGAGAGUCCUGCAGGUUUUAUGGAAAAAAACAGCUGAACAAGGGGACACCACUACUGUUGCUUCUUACGCCAAGAAUAGUACACCCAUCAUCGAAAACACUUUCCAGGAUCGAGUAAGUCUAAAUCCAGCCCUUGGCCAAACCCAGCUCUCCAUACAACCGGCUCAGACAGAGGAUGAAGGCUGUUACACCUGCGAGUUCCACACAUAUCCAGAUGGCACUAAGAGCGCAACAGCUUGUUUGUCUGUAUAUGUUUUACCCAAACCUGAGGCUAGUUACAUCACCGUAUCACAGGACACUGUUGAGGCCAACUGCACGGCGGUGUCUCGUCCAGCAGCAGAGAUCUCAUGGAAUGUGGAGGGUUAUAACCAAACACUGGGGCCUGCUGUGACAACAUUAUACCAGCUAGGGGAUGGCACCACAAUGGUGGUCAGUUCCAUUCAACUUCAGGCUGAACUACUAGACGAUGAACUUGUAAAGUGUGAAGUUAAUCAUCAGGGCCUUGGUUCUGCCAUCACUAUCUCUCUGAACAAAUCUAGGAACACCCAUGUCAUUCUCAUUUCAGCAAGCUGUGUGGUACUUGUGCUGCUCAUAUGUCUAUGUGUCUGCCUGAAGAAGUGCUAACUUCACCUGCUCAUAUGGCCCACUGAACAUAGGAUGACCGAAAAUGCUGCUGCUAUGUUCAGAUGUUCACCCUGACCAAACAACGGCGAUCCCUCUAAAUCACAGAAGAAGAGUUAAUGUCUUUUAAUAUAACUGAUAUUCAGUACAAUACAACACUAUAAAAAAAUAUUAACUUUAUAUUAUGAUCAACUCUAACUACCAUAUUUAUUCUAGAGUCUAGACUGUAUAUUUGAGUGAAGUUUUUUUUUUUGUUCUUAUCUGAAAUGCACACUCUGAAAAGAGACCUAAAUCCAAUCCAGCUUGUAUUACCUGGAAGUUAUUUUCUAUUAUUCUGUAACCAUAGCAAAGCCAAUACAGGCAAAAUGUUUUAUUGCUAUAGCUUUUCUGACCUUUUAAUAUGUGUAAUCAAAAUAACAACAUUUAUCUGGAGAAAAUACUCUUCUAAAAGUGAGCCCCUUUUCUGCAUUGGGUGCCAAGUUAUUGACCUAAUGUUUGGAUUCGAGUGAAGUGUGUUACACAGUGUAUUAUUUUCCCACUAGAGGGAAGUCACUGAUUGCUUGAAAACUGUAGCUCGGGUGAGCUAAAUUUCAUUCUAAAAUGGGCAAUUCCAUUCCUUUUGACAACUCUGUGUUUUUCUAUAUGUCUUGUAUUAAGUUCUGUCUCUUAAAAUAUUAAACAUUUACUUUGUUAAUACUAUGUGACAUUCUCAGUCACAUGAUCCUGUUGCAAUUUGCGUAGUUUUCUAAAAGGCAAACAACAGGUGAUUUUGAGUCAGAGGUAUCCACUUUGUGUGUUUUCAUCCACCUACUCAUAAAUGAAAAAAUGAAAGAAAAAGUCUCACCACAUUUCACAGUUACUUCAUCUGGCCUACAGUAAUGUUCAUAACAUGUCCCUAUUAAACAGUUGUGUACCACUACAAGCCUUCUGAAUUGAUUAUUUAACAUGCAAAAUUGUUUCUUGGAAAAUGUAAUCUUUUAUUCAAUUAUUAACAGAUUGUUUUGCUAAUCUGAACCAUGCUUCUGUUUAGAAUGACAAAGUGUACACUGUAUCACUAUUAGUGAAUGUUAGGUUUACCCUGAUAACAUAUUUCCCACUUAAAAGAGCCAUGGUAAAGUAGCACCCAUUCUCUUGAAAGGCCAUGGAGCUCAAAGCGGUGCAGGUCCAGCCUUCUGCCCCAAACCCAUCCCAUUUCCUAUCAGUCUAUGUUAUCCUCUUUAAGAAAAAUGUUAAUCGUUUUAGCAGUUUUACAAUAAUUAAUUUCAAUUAAUGUUACAAUGAGUAGCAAAUUCUUAUACACGGGGUCCAUACUUUGUUUGACUUUCUGUCAUCUCAGGCAUGCAUCCUACUCAUGCAAUAACGGUCUCCUUUCUUUUUCACAAAAAACUAAAUCCAUUCAUUCACCUCUCUCUCUCACCAUCCUACUUGUGCUUCUCUGAGCAAUUUGCAGCUUUGUGUUACAUCACUUCUCUCAUUACUGGCUCCUUAGGAUGAAUUACUUCUGUUGUAUUUCUCAUUUUGUAAGUUCCUUUGGAUGAAAGUGUCUGCUAAAUUAAUAAAUGUUAUGAUAGGUAAUGGAAAUACAUCCUGUGUU